CCCACCAAAAUAAUUAAGAAAACAAUUUUAAGGGAUUGCUACCGACAUGUGUAUAUGAGAAACAUAAGGAAGGAUAGAGAAUUGGGUAUCAUAUGGAGUGUCGUCCAAUUUUUACAUCGAGUGGUAUGUAAUGUUUGAUUGGUGGAGUAUUUAAGUGUGGUAUGGUUCUUUGACAGCUAACUUUUAAGGUAGGGUUCCCCAAGUGUUUGGAUACUAAUAAGUGGUAUUAGAGCUGGUUGUUCGUGGCUGAAAAAAGGCUACCUGCGGCAGGACCAAUCAAAAAGGGCUGAAUAAUGGGCCUUAGUGUGCCAGCCAUCGGGACGACGCAUCUCAAGGGGGUGCAAUAAUAGAGAAUUGGGUGAUAAUAUUGUCCAAGUUCCACAUUGAAUAGUAUGAGAUGUUAGGUGGUGUAUGCUUUUAAGUGAGGAUUCUCCAAAUGCUUGGAUACUAUUCAAUUUUCAUGACAGUGUCUCUCUCAAAAGAAAAAAAGGUGGAAUUCAGGUACAACUACAAGUGAUAAAACCCACAUUAUUUUGCCGGGUGAAACUAAAAUCAAGUAGAGCCAAUGGGAUCUUCUUGUCUGCACUAUUACCAACAGGUUAAACAAGACAUAUACCAAAAGGGAAAAUGACAUGGAAUAUUACCUUAAAAAAAAUACUAUCCACUUUACAGAAAAGAUUAACAUGAGUAAGAUAACAGAUAGACCAGUUAACAUCAAAAAACUUGGACCACAAACACAAAAUUCAAUCCAUGCAGAUUAAAUCGUAAUCAUAAUAAUAACAAGGUGAAGCUACAGAUCCAAAAUGUCCUUAUAUAACCCACCCACCACCAUGCAAAUUGCCUAGCCAACUCAAUCAUCAAUUUCAUUCUUUCUUCCUAGUUUCUCUUUCCAAGUUCCCAUACUAAAACCAACCAUAGAAGUUCAUGGCAGGUAAUCCCAAUAGACUCUCUCUUGCCAUGGAGAGAACUGGGCAAUGGGUUUUCUCUCAAGAAAUCCCAACUGAUGUUAUAGUUGAAGUUGGAGAAGUCUGUUUCCCUCUCCACAAGUUCAUGCUGGUGGCAAAGAGUAACUACAUCAGAAAACUAAUAAUGGAAUCAGAUGAAAGUGAACUCACCAGAAUUGAUCUCUCUGACAUACCAGGAGGUCCUGCAAUCUUCGAGAAAGCUGCUAAAUUCUGUUACGGCGUCAACUUCGAGAUAACGAUCCAUAACGUCGCCGUUUUGCGCUGUGCAGCAGAGUUUCUUCAAAUGACUGAUCAGUAUUGUGACAGUAACCUGGCCGGCCGGACAGAUGAAUUUCUCUCCAAGGUUGCUUUCUUCACUCUCACCGGCUCUGUUGCCGUCCUCAAGUCCUGCCGCCGCCUUCUUCCCUACGCUGAUGACCUCGACAUCGUUAAACGCUGCGUUGAAGCCACCAGUGCCAAGGCUUGCAGCGAGGCAAAUUUCCCUAGCCGCUCGCCUGGGAACUGGUGGACGGAGGAACUAGCAGGUCUCGAUAUUGAUUUCUUUGGAAGAGUGAUCGCUGGAAUGAAACAGCGCGGUGCCAAGGCUCCAACUCUGGCAAGCGCGCUGAUUACAUACUCCGAGCGAUCACUCCAGGAGCUAGUCCGGAAUCAUUCCGGUAAUGGAAUCCAGUCAUCAGAUUACAGCGAUUCAGACUCCAGAUCAAGACAACGGAAGCUUCUAGAAUCAAUCAUCAAUCUCUUCCCCUCCGAGAAAGCAGCUUUUCCUAUCAACUUCCUCUGCUGCCUCCUCCGUUGCGCGAUCCACCUCCGCGCUUCCACCGUCUGCAAAACCGAACUCGAGAAGCGAAUCUCAGCAAUCCUCGAGCACGUAACAGUUGAUGACCUACUCGUGAUGUCGUUCUCUUACGACGGCGAGAAACUCUUCGAUCUAGAAAGCGUACGCAGAAUCGUAUCAGUAUUCGUAGAGAAGGACAAAAACACGGCGGUUUUCACACCAGGCGAACUCAUACAACCUUGCUCCGCCGCUAUGCACCGCGUAGCCAAAACCGUCGACAUUUACCUCGGCGAGAUCGCCGCGUAUGACGAACUCAGCAUCUCAAAGUUCAACGGAAUCGCUAUUCUUAUUCCUAAACACGCGCGUAAAAUCGACGACGAUCUAUAUCGCGCCGUUGAUAUCUAUCUCAAGGCUCAUCCAAAGCUAGAUGAGAUCGAAAGAGAAAAAGUGUGCAGUGUAAUGGAUCCAUUAAAACUAUCAUAUGAAGCGCGUGUUCACGCAUCGCAGAAUAAACGCUUACCGGUGCAGAUUGUUUUACACGCGCUUUACUACGAUCAGUUACGGUUGAGGAGUGGUUCCGACGACGGUAACAACGUUGCCACGGAAACGAAUGAGUUACAGAAGGAUGUGUCGUUGGUGAGGGAGAAUGAGGAGUUACGAUCGGAGUUAACGAAGAUGAAAAUGUACAUUACUGAUAUGCAGCAGAAAAACGUUGUUGUUUCUUCUUCUCAGGGAUAUGGAACGACGUCGUCGAAUUCGAGUAAGAAGACAACGUUUUUUUCUUCUGUAUCGAAGAAACUGGGAAAGUUGAAUCCGUUCAAAAAUGGGGCUAAGGAUACGGCCCAUUUAGAAGAUGGGCUUGUUGAUUUGACUAAGCCCAGAAGAAGAAGGUUCUCUAUUUCUUAAUGGGCUUGUAAAAGUUCAAGAUAUAUAGUAGUUGAUCAUGCUUGGCUUUGGGUGAGGUUUUUCUUGUUAGUGCUCUGAUGUAUUUUUUUUUUUUAUUUGAUGAUAUGAUUUUGUAAUCUAUGUUGUAUAAUAUUUUCAGAAUUUAUAUAGAUCAGGGUUCAUGAUAUGUUUAUGGGAAUUAUGCAAUGUUCUAGCUCUGGUUAUUGGAAGGUCUUUGACUUGUAUUGUUUACUCUGCCUGUAUAUUAAGAAGGAAAAGUCAUUUUCCUAACUGUUUACUUUGUGAUGAUAUGCAUAUUUAAAAUUAUUAUGUA